GAACAUGACCCUCUAUUCCACCUUCUUCUGGAUCCAAACCGGAGUGAUGCCCUACUUGUCACGGAGGCUGGGGAUGGACACAGUGGUGUUCGGGUACCUACAGACAGCCUUUGCUGUUAUCCAGCUCCUGGGAGGGCCCGUCUUCGGCAGGUUUGGGGAUUUGUUUGGGGGCCGAGCUGCCCUGUCUCUGGCGUACAUCUCCUCCGGGCUCACCUACCUGCUGAUGGGACUCUCGACCAACAUCCCUCUCCUCUUCCUCUCCCGAAUUCCCUCUGUUUUUAUGCAUGGAAUACAAGCUGUUCAGAUGGUGGUGACUGACCUGUCGGCUGAGUCGGAGCGGGCGAGCUCCCUGGGGAAGCUGGGCCUCUCGUAUGGGGUGGGCAUGAUUGUUGGCUCCCUGACCGGUGGCAUCCUCAUCUCUAGGUUUGGGGAGCCAGCCACAGCCUACGUGGCCGCAGUGGGAUCUCUCCUCAAUGCCGCCAUAGCUGUGAAGUACAUCCCGGCUCACACCAAACCUCAAUCAGUCACACAGCAACAUAAAGCCGGCCAGGCCACAGGCAGCGUGUUCAGUUUGAAGACGAUUACGCGACUCAUGAGCAUUCCGGGAGCUGCAAAGAUCUUCACCAUUAAAAUCAUCACUGGCAUUCCCUCAGGCGUGUUCCAGAGCAUGUUCUCUGUGGUAGCCAUGGAUUACUUCAAGCUGGAUGCAGAACACAAUGGCUACCUCAUGGCAUACAUUGGCCUGCUCCAGAUGGUGAUGCAGGGAUUGGUGGUUGGGUGGCUGACCAGAUGGAUUCCUGAACAAAUAUUGAUUCUCUGCUCCAUCCUGCUGGUGUGUCUGAUGGGUUUGGCCAUGGCUAUGAUGACCAAUGUUAUCCAUUUCUGUGUCACCUGUAUCCCCAUGUCACUGGGAAUCGCUAUCUUCUCCCUCACCACCAACAGCAUCUUAACCAAGCUGGCGCCCGCCGCGGACACAGGUGCGAUGCUGGGGCUGAGCAUGUCCGUGUAUUCUCUGAUCCGCUCCAUCUCUCCCACCAUCGGCGGUUUCCUGUUUGACGCCUACGGCUUCCCGUCCUUCGGCUACCUGCAAUUCGGGGUCAACCUGCUGCUCUUCCUGUCUUUGUGCCCCAGCACCUGCUCACGGCCAACACUCCACCCAAAGCAGACAACAUAGACACCAGCCAGGCACCUAGACACCAGCCUGGGUGGCUAGACACCAGACUGGGAGGCCUGGGGGGGGUUAGACACCUGACUGACUGCUGCGCAGACAAGUAGCAGGAAAACUUGCCAGUCAGUGCUCCAAAUGACAAGCGAUAUGGUAAAUUUUAGUUGGUUGGACUCCAGCGUUACCCCCACACACACUCUCGGAUCCCCAA